AGGCUCAAAACAGUGAGCAAGAAAACGUAAUAUGUUGUAAGUGAGAAAGAAAUCCCUAAAUCAAGAAUUGGGAACGUGGACCGCAAGAGUCUUGUCGCAGCUUCAUCAACUUCACCUGAGGGGGCUGAUUCUUUGUUCAAAAAUGGUUUCAUUACGGACUUCUCAGCCAUACUUGCUUUGCAUGAACACAAGAGAUUCCGCGGCAGCGCUACACCUUGGCCAAGUCUCUGAUUUUCCUGGCAGACGCCGGUGAAGAAGCUCCAUCACCAGAAGGCGCUCAUGCAAGGCUCGCCAUAGGAAGAUGCCAAUUUUGGGGGGAGUUUCAAUUUCCACAAGUUCGCCCAGCUAUUUUUCCUCUAUUUAGUUACAUGGGCCGUGCAAAAACAGAAUUGAAGUGCCUCUCAACUGAGAAAAAUCGAAAAGGCAGAUUCAAGACAAGAAUCAAGGGACUAGAGAGCAAAAUGAAGAAAUUUUCUGACAAAUGCAAAGGAUCCGAAGCAUGUUUGAUAGUUUAUGAAGAAGGUAGCAACGCUGCACCAAUGCUUUGGCCAAAAGAUUCUAACAAAGUCAGGUCCUUAAUUAAAAAGUAUGAAGCUCAAAAGAAUGCGAGGCCUCCUAAGAUCUUUGAUCUCCAAGAUUUCUUUGAGCACAAGAAGACCUCGGUUGAAGCCGAAACUUGGAAAGUGCGAAAAUGUAUCUACAGCGUCAAGUAUCCCACUUCUGACUUGAAUAUCCAGAGCUUAGAUCUGGAACAACUGAGGAUGUUCAUUGGUAUAUUGGAUAACAAGAUUGGUGCGUGUGCUGAAAGGGUUAACAUGCUUAAAAAUAGUCAAAAAGUUGAAAGUAACUUCAAUUUUGGACACAAUGUUGAUCGGUACAACUGUCAGAUUCAAUCUAUGAUGCCACUUAGUUAUGAUAUGGGUUCUAGUUCCCAAAUGGGUCUCCUUAGUCCAAAUCCUAUGGAAUUGAUGGGAAGUAAUUAUGGACUGGUGAAUUGUGCUAAUCAGUUUGAAGAUUCUGUGUAUAGUAUUAUACAAAACGGUGCUUUAGUAAACUCAACAAAAGUGAAGGAGCCAGAGCCUAUGGUUCAUUAUGACACAAAUGUGAUGGAGGACACUACUACUAUCAAGAAAGAUGAAGAAGUCCGUUUGAUUUUUACUGAGAAGACAAUUGAUAAAGUAAAUUCCACAAAUCAAGUUAGUGAGGCUUUGGAUUGGGAAAGUCAAUUUGCUGAGGCUGAGGCUGAGGCAUGGGCUAGUGACUUUGGUGAGUUUGAGAAUUGGAUGAAUCAACAAAGUGAGCAUUCGGAUUGGACAAACCUGACUGAAUUUGUAUGUUGACGUUGUCUAUUUUGAUGAUGUUAAUUUGGUUACUGGCUA